UCAUGUCGAUAUUUUGUGGGAUAGGCCAGGGUUUGUCUGGAGACUCCUGUCUGUUUAUCCAUUUAUGAGUAUAUACUCGUUAUUAUUAACAGUAAUCACAUGAAUAAGCUUGUGCUAAAACGUUGUUAUUCUUGUUUGACAUGACUUUAGAAGAUCCUUUUUACGUCGUCAAAGAUGAGGUGUUCAAAGCAUUGAACAAAACUCGUGGCCUGUAUCUUCGGUGGCAAGAGAUCUCUAAGGCGCCUACAAUACCGAACAGUCCUGAAGUGGAAUGGACUUCUACAGAGUUAAGAAAUGCACUCCGUAGCAUAGAGUGGGAUUUAGAGGACUUGGAAGAUACUAUCAGUAUCGUUGAGAAAAAUUCAUCCAAAUUCAAGAUUGAUAACAAGGAAAUUUGCGACAGAAGAAGUUUUAUUGAAGCCACAAAACAGGAAGUAAAGGUAAUGAAAGGCAAAAUGAGUCUGAACAGGAAUCGUGACAAUGACGGGACGGCGCGGGAGCCGCUUCUAGGAGAAGAGAGUCCGAUGCACUUUGGGAAUUACUGGACCUCAACACCAAAGUAUUCGAAGUAUUCUAAAUUGGCGAACCAGACUGACAGCCCGAAUAGAUUCGACGCGUACGACAACGAUAUCAUGUCGAUGCAAGAAAAGAUGCUAAAUAAUCAAAACGACCAGUUGCAAGUGAUAAGCAACUCUGUCGGCUCAUUGAAAACUGUGUCGAAGCAGAUCGGCAUUGAGCUAGACGAGCAAGCCGUGAUGCUAGAUGACUUGAACACUGAACUGGAAAAUGCUGAUUCGAAAUUAGAUUCCACUAUAAAAAAGGUGGCAAAGGUGCUCCAUAUGAACAAUGAUCGUCGCCAAUGGCUUGCCAUAGCUAUACUCGUGGGCCUUCUAGUGCUUAUUUUAAUAUUGUUCGUUAUAAUUUGAACACGAUCAACUAUGUCUCUAGUUAAGUGAUGUAAUGUACCAAACGUCUAUAUUUGUAUAAAUUAUUUCGAGGUAGCUAAUACAUUUCGAUGUUACCUUUAGCAUUAUUUUGUUCUGUGUGUAAUGUUUUACUUGUGAGGGACGAUUGAUGUAACUGAUGUGUCAAGUGUACUGCAUUUUAUGAAGGAAUACCUCUAAAUUUGAAAGAAAUCAAUAAAAAAAAAAAAAAAAACUUAAUGGGUCCUUUUAUAAUUUUACCCAGUCUCGGCACGAUAUUACGUGAUUUAUAAUCAUGUUAUUUCCUUAUUAUGAUAUAUAUUUUACUAUCAUAUUGGUAAGAGAGCAAUAUGUGUAAUUAUGUAGAGACGCUUUUUUGUACUCCUUAACAAUAUUGUCACGAAAAAUUGAAUGUGUCUACAUCUCUCCUAUAUAAUGUAGCAUUGAUAAAAUCGUGCAAUGUCGUGCCGUCCGACGGUAAAUUGUACAUAAAAGCGCCUAAUGUUCAAUUUUAAACAUCAACAAAAUGUUGAUGAAAUAUCAACAAAAUUUUGUUGCUUUCCACACCGACAAAAUUUCGUCGGCAUCAACAUAAUUUUAUUAAUUAAAUACCAACAAAAUUUUGAUGACAUUUAAUUAUGAUGAAAAUUGAACUCCUAUUAAUAUAAUCGUAUUAUUGAUGUAUUAAAAAAUCAUGGUAUUUCCUACGUAAAAUAUAGUAAACAAAGUAAUUUAUCAGUUCUAUAGAAAUAUCACUUUACUAUCCAUUUCUUCCGUAUAUACUCAUUUCAAUUUGUAUUAAUUGUAGAUAAUGCUGUACACUAAUGCGUACCGAUCAUACUUCGAUAGUAUUUCAAUAUAAUUAACAAAUUCAAGAGAUCAUAUUUUUGUAAUCUAAACAAUCUUCCACGUUAGCAAUUUAAUACUGUAUUCGUAUUUAACAAUUGAUUGUUAUGUUAUUUUUAUCUUGUAAUUACUUGUCUUUACCGUUUAUGCAUUAAUCAUAGCUUUAGCUUGAGCGUGUGUGCGUCAAUUUUGAAACAGGGGUGUCUAUCAUGGAAAAUAAAAUUGAAUUUUCUCGUAUUGAAAUUUCAUGCGUACUACGAAUUAUAUUCUUUCUGAAAACUAGUUCUUCGAUAUAGGGACAUUUUUUUAAUCAUAAAUUUUACCAUAGUGUUUCCAAACGACCUGUAUUAUGUCAUUUUGAGAGUAUAUCGUUCGUGUUUCGUUCGGCUCUGAUAUUUUCAAGAAAGAUUAGUAUGUCAGAACAGAUAAGGUAGUAUAUAUGUUUGAGUACUCAAUAUCUUCGAUACUCUUUUAUUAAGAUGCUCCUCUUGUUCAGAAUAGCUACUUUGCUAUCUCUUACUAUAUUAAAAAGUUUAAAACCAAAUAGUAAAUGAUAUACACGUCCAAUUAACUAGGCAACAGUGACGUCAAACAAAAUAUUUUACUAGUUACUGUUAUUCCAGCAUCUACAAGCUGUUUUAAUUAAAAACGAGUAAGUUGGAUGACGAUGUGAAAGGUGAAAGGAUAUGCAAUUUAUUUUGGCGAUAUAAUUGUAUCUAUGUGAUUAAAAAGGCAGUACUUUUAACUGUAAUAUUAGCGUUGAACAAUAUAGUGUUUAAGAUUAAGUAGUUGUUCCGCGAAUUAGUCAGAUUUAAAAACUAUUAAAAUAGUAUUUUAUUGUCAGUGACAACGCUUUUGAUUUUUAUUUUUAUUAUUAUGUUUAUUUAUUAUUUAAUUCGAUGUCGGUUGUUGUUGUUCUCAGGUUUUAAUUUAAAAAUAACUCUGUUUACAAUACAUUUUUAUAUUUUUCCCGCUCUGCUGAGUUUUUGCCAUAAUCUAGAUUUGGCUACUACUCAUAUUUAAAUUACACGGUCGAUAUUUAUCUAGUAUUAAUAAAAACUAAUAAUAGUAGAACUUAGAAUUCAUUUUACUAAAAUAAGUCUCAGUUUUUGUGGCCAUGCAAUGGGACCGAUUUUGAUGCGCUAUUUCUCUAAGCUUAUCUCUUAACCUAAUGUUUUAAUUUGAUAGUUUCGCUAAAUUAAUAUUCUAUGGAUCAUUAUAAACUAGAUUUAUAAUAAUUUUAACUCAUCAUUUCAGUCGUUAACUGUCCACUGUUGAAUAUAAGCCUUCCCCAUAAGGGGAGUUUUGCCAAUAGUUGCUACGCUUGGCAGGCGGUUGGUAACCACAGUUAGGCUUUUAGAGAUGUAAAACAUCUCUAAAAGCAUCUAAUACAUUUAAAGUAAAAGGAACUUAAAAUGUAUUAGAAAUUUAGUUUAUAUUUGUCCUUAGAAUAAAGAUUUCGUUGCGUAAUAUUUUAGAGAAACGGUUCUUUGGAAUCGACCCUAAUGAACUGUUUAAUCUUGUUUGAUUUUAUUACCACGAAUCAAGUAUUAAAAGUAUGUAACCAUAUAUUUGGUAAAAUGUUGCCAAACGAAGUUAUAAUUAUUAGAAAUCUACGAUAGCAAUCUGACGAUAGGAUAAAACUUUAUAAGUUCUUAUCAAACAGUUACCAAUGUUUUUAUUUUUUACUUAAUAUUUGCACGUCUCUAUACAAACAUCACGUAGUAUGAUGAUCUAAUUGAUAGCUGUUAAUAGCUUUAUUUUAUAUUUUAUUAUAAUGAAUUUAUUUAUUUCUAUUUUAUUAGUUAAUUUUUUAGUCCUUGUUCUGUAUAUACAUAAUGUAUCAACAAGGUAGUAUAUUGUAAAAUGUUAAGUGGGCCUUCCAUUUACGAUUCCCAAUGUCUUAACGCUGAGUUUAUACCAAAAUUAUAAUAGCUACAUACUGUGAUCAGGGGGGCAAGAAACCUGACAGUUUAACAAUUGCAAUUUGACAGUGAAAGCGUUGACAAAAUAAGCCAAUUUGUAGUCACGUGACAUAACCUGUCAAAAACCUAUUGUCUUUAAUGAAGCCCACUAAUAGUGAGCUAAGUAUAGCUUACUAUAUUGCAAACAUAGAGACAAAUUUCGAAGCACCUACAAUAAUCAGGUGUUGAGGCAGUGACUAGUACUCGUGGGUAGAUAUGGCAUAAUAACAUUAUCUUUGAUAUGAAUUCCACAAUAAGUUCGGUAGAUACGUAUCGAGGCUUGGAACUGACUUACUGAAGCGGUGUUUACUUUUAUAUAAAUGAUAUCACACAUGACGCUACAAUCACAUUAAGGAGAAUUUAUAUAAGGUCAAUUACAAACUUAAAAUUUUAGUGCUGAAAUCUGUCUACGUGAAUGUUCAAAGGAAAAUUGUGUCAGUGCUGCCACAGCAGUACUGGUUUGAAACAAUUUUACUAUAGUACAAUUGCAAUUCAGCACUAUUAUAUGUUGGGUUUCAGAGUCGGUAAAUGACCUAGUGAAAGUUAUGUAUUGAACACUUGUAUCAUCGAAUCUAUUUCAUAUAUUAUUUAUGUACACAAAUUUAGUAUUGUUUCAAUAGAAUUAAAAGGUAAACAAGCUUUGUUGAAAUUAAAGCAAAGAUGUUGUUGUAUGAAAUCGGUGAUAAAUCAAAACACUUGAUUUUUGUAUUAAUAUUGGAUGCCACUGUUUUUUGGUCGGGUCGUUUAUGUGUUUGUUUACAUUUUAAUAAAGUUCUAUUAACACAGACAGUUAUAAGUCUAUUUUAAUUUUAGUCACCUUUAGAGGCUUCUAAGCGCACAGUUUUAAAUUAAUGUGUUGUUUUAAUGUAUUUAUUAAAUUAUAUAAUACUAUCCAACAGGUAAAAGUUUAAAAAUAGUUUUUAAGCUAAUUAUAUUAAUAGGUCACAUACACUGGCAUAACAAUAUUUUUUAAUGCUGUAAUACACAAUUACAAACGUGCUCAAUGUUUGUGGCAUAAUUUGUAAUAUGUAAGUCUGUUCCGGGCCAUAUUUAAAUGGAUUUAUUUCACAUUCAUGCCUUACUCAAAUGAGACUAUAUUGAUCAGAUAUUAAAAUUUUAUGUAUGAGGCUUAUUACCGGUGUUACGGUGUUUAUGCAAUAAAGUCGACGGGACUACGGGAACGUUUAUAUUACCCUUCAUUUUACCUAAUUUGUAAUUUUCAGAGUUAGCUUAUUGAGAAAUUUGUAGUCUUUUGGUUUUGGCUCUGUCGUCACUUUGACUUUGAAAGACACUAUUUAUGGAACUACAAUAGGACGAAAUGUUGGAAAAUUAUUAAGCCCCAUAUAUUAUAUUUUAAAUCUUGUAUUAAACUGCCCAUGAAGUAUAUUAUCUCAAUGAACUAGCAACCGAUAAAUUUACAUGAUAGUCAUUGGCGUAUUUAAUAUUAUUUUCAGGGUAGGGGGAGGGAGAUAAGCCCUUAAAAAGCACAUUAUGUACUCUCAAACACGUCUUUGCACAUAGUUAAAAGCUCCGAUCUCGUUGCCCACCCUGCACUAGAUAAUUAUGGGGUGGGCACGGCCCAUCCACUCCCCCACCCCGCUCGCCCUAAUACACCUAUGUUAAAUGUAUAUGUUUAUACCAAACAUAUUCAUUUAAAUAGAUGCCGCAACUACAUCUACUUUGUGAAUCCAUAUUUGCUCAAAAAGCUAAAGUAAAACUCAGGUAUGUAGGUCGAAAGUGAAAAAUGAUCUCACUAGACACAUUCUAGUCUUUGACAUUGUAAUACAUUUAUAUAACAUUGUUUACUUGAUAAUUUGGUACGUAUAAUUUAUCUAUUUUAUAAUAAAAUGCUAUAUUUUAUUGUGUAUAGCCAUAAACAAAAAGUGUCUAUGCGAUUCAAAGAAUUAAUUUUCAAGUUUAAUUGUCUACAUGCAAUAAAACACCAUUUUAUCAAUCAUAGACUGUUUUGUCCUGUUAUCUUUGAAUCAGUUUAGCACGUGAGGGGAUCUCGGUUUAGAUAAGUUAAGUCGAUUGCUUGGGUACCUCUGUCCCAUUCGUGUUUUACCGUGAAGCAGUUGUGUUUGCAUGGCUGUGUUUUGGUUUGAAGGGUGGGAUAUGGCGUGAAUUUACUGGGUACGGAGGAAUAACACUUGAGUCCUCAGGAAUGGCAACGCAUGGGGGGUAUCAUGGGCGAAACAGUGUACUCUGUUAUGUUCAUAGUACUGCUCAUGUCUAUAGGCGAGUAUUAUCACUUUCCAUCGGGUGGACCGUCAGCUUGUUUGCCAUUCUAAGUUGUAUAAAAAAAAAUGAAUGAUAUUAUAAAUAUCGUUGUGAGGCAAAUAAAAUAUGUCCUCUGUUUUCAUACAUACAUGUAAUUUGCGGCGUCUAUUUAAAUUCAUGUACAUGGUGUGCAACCUUUGACAUUGAGGAUUUGCUUAUAGUGGAAAGUGGUUAUUCUCAAUCUUAGGUAUACGUAUAACAAUGUGAAGUAUUUAAAUCUAACGGUAUGGGUUUCUAAUAAUUGUAGUAUUUAAUCUAGCGUUUUUGGGUGAUGUGGAGAUUUUCCAACAAAUCUAUUAAUAGUUUACAGUAUUGCUCGUAUUGUGCAUACUCUUAGGAGAUAGUUACUAUUUUCCACUUCUGUACGUAGAUCCUCUGUGGCAUUGGUGUGCGUGUUUGAUAAGUAGGUAAUUAGUUCCCGUAAUAUUAUACACCAAGGACCGUUAGCAUAGACUUUGUAGCGAUGUAUCGAUAUUUUUGUAUAAUUAAUCAUGAUUAAUGGUAGUAGGGCUGUGACAAUGCUUGUACUGUAUGACAAGCCACACGUUUUAUAAUUUUAAACUGUAGACAAAUUGUGGCCUAAUGCGGCUGAAUGUAAUGUUGUUAUUUUUAAUUAAAAUUUAUAGAAUAAU